AUGCAACCCGAUAGCUACAUCGCUCCGGACCUGACCCGUCCGGAUCUUCUGGUGCUGCACACGCUGCUGUCCGAUGUCCAGACACCACAGUCUCAGCGGUCUCCCGACCCGAAGCCGGCUGAUCCGCCGAGCGCCUCUGAAAAGAUCCCAUCAUCGCCCUCCAAGACCGUCACAGACCAGCUAGAAGCCUUCAACAAUCCUCAGCAUGUAGACUUUGAACCCACCGUGACCAUGACGUGGGACACUCCCGUUCUCCAGACCAAACUUCCGUCAAUCCUCACCCAAUGGCUGCUCCAACCGUAUAUUCGCCUGGGCCGGCGAGUCGUUCGGGUGGAAACCGACGUCGUGAUGUUAACUCACCUUCUCUUGUACUUCGGCACCUCGGUCCCCAGUGCCUUCUAUCUCUAUCAACACUUUACCUGGCUCCAUGGCGUGCUGCAUUGGGUCAUGCAGUCGUACUAUGUCGGCAGCUACACCCUCAUGAUGCACCAGCACAUCCACAUGGGCGGCAUCCUCGCCCGGCCCUUCUGGCUGUUUGACUCACUGUUUCCGUAUAUCACCAACCCGCUCAUGGGCCACACCUGGAACUCUUAUUACUACCAUCAUGUCAAGCAUCAUCACGUCGAGGGCAAUGGGCCCGGCGAUCUCUCUUCGACGGUGCGUUACCAGCGCGAUGAACUCUCCGACUUCCUCUGCUACGUGGGCCGGUUUGUCUUCUUUGUAUGGUUCGAACUGCCGCGCUAUUUCUUCCAGAAGGGCCAGUUUGUCCACGGACUCAAGGCAGGUUUCUGGGAGAUCGGCAACUAUCUCUUCAUCUACGCCAUGUAUCGCUUUGUGGACCCCCGCGCGACCCUCUUCGUCUUUAUCCUACCACUGGCCCUGCUCAGACUGGGAUUGAUGAUCGGGAACUGGGGACAACAUGCCUUUGUCGAUGAGACAGACCCCAACUCGGACUUCCGGUCGAGUAUCACCCUGAUUGAUGUUCCGAGUAACCGGUUCUGCUUCAAUGACGGCUACCACACCUCGCACCAUCUGAACCCCCGCCGUCACUGGCGGGAGCACCCCGUGGCCUUUCUCAAGCAGAAGGAUCGCUACGCCAGCGAGCAUGCGCUCGUCUUUCGUAACAUUGACUAUUUGAUGAUUACCUACCGUCUCAUCCGGAAGGACUAUGUGCAUCUGGCCCGAUGCUUGGUGCCAAUGGGAGACCAGAUCCCGAUGUCGCUGGAAGAGCGCGCGGCCAUGCUGCAGACUAAGACGAGGAGAUUCACCGAGGAGGAAAUUCCGAAGAAAUUCGGCCUCAGCGGGUGA